AUGCAGGAAUUACUAGUACAGUUAUCCAAUGUUCAUUGUGAGGACUGUGAGGACACCAUCAUUGCAGUACUCUCUCGCUUCUUUGAACUUCAGCGUGGGCCGGAAGACGUUCCGCAAAAUGAAUCGUCGGUUUUUUUCAAACUUUCACAUCAAAAAACCGUUGUGUUAGCCGACCAAUAUGACAGAAUUAAAGGCUCCGUCAAAAAGAUUGUGAAAGCUUUGGCAGCAAAUGGCUUUGACGUUCUCUCGUGGGAGUUGUUUGUGGACAAAACUCUCGACAUAAGCUCUGAAACCUCAGAAGUUCAUCAUGCAUCCAGACUUCCCAUUGAAUUAGACAAAGACUUUUUUGAUAUUUUUGGUUUUUUUUCGAAAAGAAGAGAAAGAAAGCUUAUCGCUAACCACUUGAAGCAUUGCCGCAAGUGUCGAUUCGAUGCGGAAACCACUUCUUCCUCCGAUGAAGAUGUCAAAUUUGUGGUGGACAAACCCUUCCAGGAAUACCGAGCAGUAUUUUCUGUUAGUGGUAUGUCUUGUGCUUCGUGUGUACAGACGGUGUCCUCGACGAUUUCGAGUGUGAUGGAGGCCAACGAAAUGGGCUCUGCUGACGAAAAAGACCCGUCGUACUCCGUGAAACCUACUACAGCACAGUGCGAUUGCAAUUGUAACGAACAAGCAAAUUGUAAAUAA